AUUCAAACCCGUACCCGUAACCCGAUCCGAGUUACAAAUUGCCGCCUCACUGAUCUCUUUUCUCGGCCAAAUUUCAGAAUUUCUCCAAUCUCUGCAACCAUCGGCGAUGGAUCCUCCUCCACCACGAAACCCUAGUCAUGAUUCCGAGCCUCCUGAACCAAACACAACAUCAAUUCCUCAAACCGACGAAUCCUCAACGCUAGCCGAAGUAUCAUCGAUGAAUCCUCCACCUCCCAGAAACCCUAACCUACCUGAUCUAAAGACAACGGAAGAAGUAGUAGAGCCUGAGCCAAUGGAGGAAUCCAAGGACGAUUCCGUCUCUGUAGACGCGAAUAAGCCAGUUCGUACCCGAACCGUGAAGCAGAAUCCAGUCCCCUACACUAUUCCAGAGUGGAGUGGCCCUCCGUCUCACCAAUUUCAGCUUGAAGUUCUUAAAGAAGGCGCCAUUGUUGACACAUUAGACGUCUAUAAGAAAGGAGCUUACUUGUUUGGACGUGAUGGUAUCUGUGAUUUUGCUCUUGAGCAUCCUUCGAUUUCUCGGUUUCAUGCAGUUAUUCAGUACAAGAGAAGCGGAGCUGCGUAUAUAUUUGAUCUUGGAAGCACGCAUGGAACUACUGUUAAUAAGAAUAAGGUGGAUAAAAAGGUUUUUGUGGAUUUGCAUGUUGGUGAUGUUAUUCGCUUUGGCGGUUCGACUCGAUUAUACAUUUUUCAAGGACCCUCAGACUUAAUGCCACCGGAGAAAGACUUACAAUUAAUCAGAGAAGCAAAGAUGAGAAUGGAAAUGUCAGAACGAGAAGCUUCACUGCGACGAGCAAGACAGCAAGCAUCCAUGGCUGAUGGUGUUUCAUGGGGCAUGGGGGAAGAUGCUAUUGAAGAAGAAGAGGAUGAUACUGAGGAAAUCACGUGGCAAACAUAUACGGGAGAACUCACUCCAAAGCAAGAAAAAACUAAGGAAAAAGUACUGAAACGGUUGGAGAAGAUUGGCCAUAUGAAGAAGGAAGUAGCAGCUAUUCGAGCCAAAGACAUUUCGCAGGGUGGAUUGACACAGGGACAACAAACGCAGAUUGCUAGAAAUGAGCAGAGAACAGCUGAGCUUCUGGAAGAACUUGAGAAUUUGGAAGAGACACUGAAUGACAGCAUCCGAGAAAGUUUGGGUGCCAAAACAGGGAGAAAACCCCACGGAAAGAAGAAAGGAAUGGUAGAAGAAGAGGAAGACUUGUCGAGUGAUGAAGAUGACUUCUAUGACCGGACCAAGAAGAAACCAUCAACACAGAAAGGCAGCGAAAACCAAACUGUAGAAACUGUUGAUUCACUUCUAGAUAAGAGAGACAAUGUCUUGAAAGAAAUAGAAGCAAAGAAUGAACAGCUUUUAACAGAGAAGAAUAAGAUGGAGAUAGAGAAUGUCACAGAGGUUGCAUCAGCAGACUCCCUUGAUGCCCUUGAUGCAUACAUGACCGGGCUUUCUACAACACUUGUGCAAGAUAAAACCGCCCAGAUCCAGCAAGAGUUGUCUACUCUUCAGUCGGAAUUAAGUAGGAUCUUGUACCUUCUAAAGAUUGCUGACCCAACUGGAGAAGAGGUUAAGAAAAGAGAGUUGAAGUCACAAGAACCAAAAAUAAAGAAAUGUGAAACACCUCCUGUAGAAAAGAAGAUCAGUAUACCUUUAAAACAAGCUGAUUCUAAUGAGCAUAAGGAGAAAGAUGUGGCCAAAGAUUUAGUGGACUCAGAAAAUAAGCCUGAAGUAGAAAAGAAAGCAAGUGAAACAGCUGAAGAGAAGAAGACCACUGUGUAUGUUCCAUCAAAACCCCAAUGGCUCGGUUCGGCUGCAAAUAAAGCCACAAUUGAAGAGAAAAAACCUGAGAUUGUAGCUACUGCUACUGAUAGCACAGAGGAUGCUGAUGGGUUUGUUGACUAUAAAGAUAGGAAGAGUAUUGCUCUAACAACCACAACUGGAAUUGAAGGUGCAACAGGAUUGAUAAUAAGAAAACGUAAGCAAGAAAACAAGAGCGAAGAAGAAGAUGAUGAGUCAAAGGAAAAGCAAGCAGAGGUCAUGGCACAAGAUGCAGUUGCUCUCUUAUUGAAACAUUCUGUAGGACAUCAUGCAAACGAAGAAGACGAAGAACUCAGUAAAAAUGAAGAAAGUAAGCAAGGAAGUGGCCAUAGUAGAAAGAAGAAGAAGAAGAAGACGGCUAAAAAAGUAGUUGGUCCUGACAAACCAGAAUAUCUGGAUGAAAGCACAGAGUAUGAUUCAUGGGUACCUCCUGCAGGACAAUCUGGUGAUGGACGAACAUCUCUGAAUGACCGUUUGGGAUAUUGAUCGGCCAUCGAGUCCCCAGAGCAAACCAUGGGAUUGACGGGAAGUCGAAGUGGCUUAAACAUCUGUCAAGUUUUGCAUCACUCGUCUGGUGAUUAGUACUUUGUAAAUUCGUACUCUAAACCCAAAGCUUUCCUGAUUAUUUUUUGUUAACUAAAAUUUUACACUUAAA